AUGUCAUCAGAAUUGGAAUUACUGAAACAGCAAAUCAUUGCGCUUGAGGUUGAGAACACCGAGCAUGAGCUGGCACAUUCGUACCAAGUCAAUACACCCAAACAGAUAUCUCAAAAUGGCUCACCUAAAAAUACACCCGAUAACACACUCAAUUAUUCCAACAUUCAUCCACCUGAGCCCGUAUCACCGGAAGAUAAGAUGGUCGAUGAAUUUGUGAAUUCAAUGUAUAAGGAACAGGUUAGUAAUGAUAUAAUUCAGAGCAUUAGGGAAAAAAAACUUCGAGAUCAAGAGUUACUCUCAACUUCUGAGAAUAAUAUUUGCCAUGAGCAAAGUUUAAUACAAGAAAAAUGCCAAGAAAUUUCCGUCACGAAUCAUGACGAUCGACAAAAAAACUUUUCGGAUCCUGAUAUAGAAACGAAAGAACAUUUAUCGCAGGAAAGUUCAGGGAGCAAGUCUCCAAAUCAUAACAUUUAUGUGUCUGAGGAGCCUGAUGAAAUUGAGCCCACUAAAAAGACAUUGUCUCACCAGUUUCCUUAG